CGGUAGACGACCGGAUUGGGUCUUGGGUCUGGGAAUCUAGCAGAAGCUCCGGGAGCUCCGGUUUUCAGUUUGCUGAUCGUAGACAGUCGCAGGAUUCGAGCGCUCGAGGGAGGAUCGUGCGAAUCGUGCGUAUCGUGCGUGCUGUGAAUAUACGUGGAGUGUGCGCGAGCGCGUGAGAGAGAGAGAGGGAAAUUCAUACGGAGGAUUCUCGAGAUAGAAGAGGCAGAGAGAAAGGAAGGAAGAAAGGAGGAGCACAAAGUCUGCCGUUUGUCGAAGGAGCGAGAACGGAGAGAGGUGGCGGGGGAGAUAUUCGUCGCGUGUAUAGUAGUGUGUGUGUGUGUGUGUGUGUCACACAGUGUUGUCGGAAAGAAAGAGAAGGAGAGGAGUAGGAGGUGGAGGAGGAACGAAGCAGUGACCAGUGUUCUCUCCCGACUCUCGAGCCGAGGCUAGCGAAUAUUCUAUUAUCUAUAUCGCGCUAAUACUUUAUAACACGCGUUGCUAUCGAUCGCGUUUGCCAUCGUCUCGCCAGUCGCCUCCGUUGGUUUUUUGUACUCCAUGCCGAUCUCGCGUAUCGUCGUACGGUAGGCGGCAGGCGGCUUGCGGACGCCACGAAUUCCGCUUUCCUCUCGCGCCGCGUAAUACACCCCUCUACUACUUGUUUCUACUCUCUCCCUAUAUGUCCUUUUCCCCUUCCAUUACUCCGUUUUGUCCGUCGCGCUUGUUAUUCCGCCACCUCCUGUCCUCCUCUUCGCCGCGUGCGCGCUUCGCGCGGUGACGGCCGCUCUCUUCGAGUUUAGGCAGUUCGGGGUGCCGGCUGCCUUCGCUCGUUCUCGUCUCCCAACGUUCCGUUCCGUGAGAAGCGGGAAGGGAGGAAGACGGCGACUGUGGCGAGGCAGACAGGCGACGAUAGCGGGAGGAGUACAGGUGCAGGUGCAUGCAUAUAGACGGCGGUAACGACGACGUACGCGCCACGAGCACGGCAAGCACGGCGAACACGUAGGAGAGCCGGAGAGCGCUCGCGAGAGGCGGGCGGGGGGGGGGGGGGGGGGGGGGGAGGGGGAAGGUGAAGAAGUCGACAGGACGGGCGAAGCGAGGAAAGAGGAGACUGGAGAAGCAGAAAGGAAGAAGCAGGAGGAAGCGGUUAGCGGCGGUGGACUAAGAGUAUACACGCGAACGCGUAGCGGCGAAAAGCGUUAGUCGUGAACGCCAGUGGUCGACGUCUUCGUCCUUUGCCUCGUGACUCGUGACUCGUGCACGGUCGAAAGUUUCUUUUGUUUAUCGCCGCGUGUGCAGAGUGUCGCACGGGUAAAUCUCGACGAUAGUCUCCUACUGAGCAAUCGUGGCAGGAUGGACGACACCGCGGGUCCACCGCGAACGUCGGACGUAGCGUCGGCGAUGGGAAGUGAGAGCGACGAUGCCACCACUACCACCACUACCACCACCACCACCUCGAAGAUGCGGACGAUCGACGAGGACGACGCGAGUGCCGCCUCCGCUUCCGCAUCUACCACCGGCGACGCCGUUGUUGAUCCCGUCGAGUGUCGUGACCUGGGCUCGAUAAGAGCCGCGUCCCCGGGGCCUGCAGCUGCUGUUGUUACUACCUCCUGUGCGACGACGUCGACGACGCCGCAUCCGCAUCUGCCGCCGGCACCGCAGCCGGGGUGUGGCUGCGUGGCCGCGGCCAACGCGGCCACUGCGGUCGACAAGGACGAAAUCACCGUCUGCAUCACGCCGACCACCGGCGGUCAGUUCGAGCUCGCGGUCGACCGCAACGAUACCGUGGAGAAUCUCAAGAAGAUCAUCUCCAAGAAACUGAAGGUCGCCAAGGAGCGCAUCUGCCUGCUGCAUCGCGAGAGGCAACUGCGCGAAGGAACGCUCGCGGAAAACGGCCUACAGAACGACAGUCGGCUAACGUUACUGCCAAGCGUGGAAACCGGAUUGUUGGCGCAACGACCGGAGCAGAGCGUAAUGCAGGCUUUGGAGAGCCUCAAUGAUUCACAGGUGAAUGACUUCUUGUCCGGCAAGGCACCACUUAAUCUUACGAUGCGACUAGGCGAUCACAUGAUGUUAAUUCAGCUACAGUUGUCUACCGUAACCCCGACAUCGCCGACUGCCAGUCAGGCGAGCUCUGCCAACAGUAACGGCCAUAGUCAUCACAGCAGCAGCAACAGUAGCAACAACGUUGCUAGUUUACCCAAUAGUAACAAUACCACGAGCAUGUCCAAUCCGUCUGGCGGUCAUUCGUCGUUGCAGACCAGAAGAUGCCUGACGGCCAGAUCACCGGGAAAUAUUGUUAAGCCGCAGAACGCUGCCGGGGCACCGGCUGGCAGAACGUCGCAUCUAAUUAGCAGCCUUGCCAGCGCCCUACACGCAGCCGCGAGCUACAGCAACAGCAGCAGCCUACCUACCGCCAGCAUUACCACUACGACCACCAGCCCGGUAUGUUCUAGCCGGGUUACAACAUCCUCUUCGUCCGUCUCGACGGCGCCAAUUAGCCCGGCGCAUUCAUUGUCGUCGUCCAGCAGCAAUUCGGGUCAAUCGCAAUCUACGCGUGGCAAUUCGCAUAACGUUCCACCUACGAAUGGCAGUUCUUCCAGCGCGUGUCAGCCCUGCCCGCUCUAUCACCACCAUCAUCAUCAUGGCCAUCACCACGGUCAUCACCAUGGCCAUCAUCAUCACCACCAUCAUCACCAUCAUCAUCAUCAUUCGAGGAACAAAUCUAGCUUACCCAACCUUUCCACUUCCUCUUCUUCCUCUUCCUUCAGUUCGGGUUCGUCUCCGAUUCAGGAGCAGUCUGCCUUGGAGCCGAUGUCUUACGACGCGACGCUACCCAGGAAGAAGCUCUGCAGCGGCCACCAUCAUCAUGGCCAGCCAUCAUCGUCCGUUACCACUAGUGGCAUGGACGCCACGAGGAGUCAACACGAGGAAUCUAAUCCGCAGAGCCCAACAUGCACUUCAUCGCUGAUGCUGGAGCAAUCGCCACCCAAGCCCGCCACCCUCGACACUCGAGCGCUCGCCGAGGCAUCUCGGAACCUCACUCAGAAGCUGAAGCAGCUCUCCUCUGAGGUACUCACCUCGCGGGUCGACCUCGCAGAGGAGAACGCAAGACGCAGGCAAGGCGCAAUAAUAGAGAGUAUGCAUCAUCAUGGCAAAGGCGUGUAUUCCGGCACGUUUAGCGGCACUCUGAACCCAGCCCUCCAGGAUAGACACGGUCGGCCGAAGCGGGACAUUAGUACCAUCAUUCACAUCCUGAAUGACUUGCUCUGCGCGACACCGGCCGCAUCCGCAGGCCACUAUAGGCAUCAUCAUCAUAGGCAUUCGCAUACUCGCCAGCAAUCUUCCUUGAUGUCCGCAUCUUCCGCGGGCACUACAACUACCGCGAGUGGAUCUACUUCGUCGGUCAGCUGUCAUGAUUCCACACCAGGCUACUCCAGUGAAGAAUUAUCAAAGGAGAACGAGGCAACGAAGGGCAAGAUGCGUCGGCUGCGCUUAGUCAUGGAACAACGUCGAGCUAAGAGAAAAGCCAGGCGACAGGCGCGAGCGGCACCGUAUACCACACAGUGGGCUGCGAUGACUCCCGCCGAUCCGAACCACGAGCCGAACACGUCAACUGCGACCUCGAGCACCACCACCACUACUAACAGCGCGGAGCCGCAGAACGAGCCGGAGCUUCAACCGUGUAGCCCCGAACCGGUCGUAGCUUAAAUACCACGUCACUAACAGUCAAUUCAUGGCACAGUAAUAUCUUCUAUAUUCGUAUACAUAGAGUAUGAUUGUCCGUUUUCGUUUCUACCUAUCGCACUGAUUUAUUCCGAAAGAAGAAAAUGCAGAGUCAAACGUGUUCUAUCGCGCAGUUACACUCGUUCCUUACAACUCUCGUUCCGCGCAACCAAACGCUGCAAAACGUUUUAAACAUUUGAUUCGACACUCGUUCUCAUUGAUACCCCGUACACGGUCUCGAUCAUUACCGUGAAUCCACUGAGUUUCUCUCCGUAUUAUGCAAGUGUCUCGCUUUCUCCGAUUUGCGUUACUUUAUGCAAAUAGACGUAAUCUGCGAGGAUUCACUAGCUGAUGAAUCGAAAGAUGAAUUCAAUCGAACAUCCUUUCUUUUUUGUAUAGCACUCGAAACUAUUUUUUGAAUAACAUUUUUUUUAUAUCUUUUUUUU